UUCGGUGGACAAGACUGGUCUGGGGCACCAAACAAGAAACAAUGGCGACAGCGGCGACUGCAGCGGGAGGAACUGGUUCAGGAGGACCAGCAACCGGUCAAAGUGGCUCAGGAACUUCAGUUGGGAGGAAGAAAGAUGGGGGACCUUCUUCAAAGUAUUGGGAGAAUUCGGAAACUGUUAAUCAAUUGGAGACGGUGCGCCAGUGGAUCGGGAAGCACUACAAAAAGUAUGUGCAGACUGAUAACCCAUCAAGUAAGAAUCUGGCUGGGCUCGUCAUACAGCUGUUGCAGUUUCAAGAGGAUGCUUUCGGUAGAAGGGUGAACAACCCAGCACUCACCAAACUGCCGGCAAAAAGCUUCCUGGACUUCAAGGCGGCUGGUGCCCUGUGUCACAUCCUGGGUUCUGCUUACAAGUUCAAGAGCGAGCAGGGCUGGAGAAGGUUUGAUCUCCAGAACCCUUCACGGAUGGACAGGAAUGUUGAGAUGUUCUUGAAUGUUGAGAAGACACUUGUCCAGAAUAACUGUCUCACCCGCCCAAUUGUGUACCUUUCAUCUGAAUUGGAGCAAAAGCAAGCCGGCAAACUUAAAGACAUCAUCAAAAGGCAUCAGGGAACUAUCACAGAGGAGAAGUCCAAAGCCACCCACAUCAUCUACCCAUCCCCAUCACAGCAGGAGGAAGAUGAGUGGCUGCGUCCUGUUAUGCGUAAAGACAAGCAGGUGCUAGUCCACUGGGGGGGCUUCCCAGACAGCUAUGACACCUGGGUGUCUACCAGUGACGUGGAUGCUGACGUGGAGGACCCACCCGGCGCAGAGAAACCCUGGAAGGUACAUGCUAAAUGGGUCCAGGACACGGAUGCCUUCAACGAGUGGAUGAAUGAGGAAGACUAUGAAGUGGACGAGAACAAGAAGCCUGUGAACUUCCGCCAGCGCAUCUUUCCCCGUGAGGAGGAGUCUUCCCGUACACCCGAUCGUAAGGACCGCAAGUCCAUGGCCGGAGGCAAGAAGAGGAGGCGCUCCCCGUCCCCACCCACCACUCCCGCCGAAUCCCGCAAGAAAGGCGGCAAGAAGGGGAACCCGGGGCUGCACUGGAAGCGCCGUGGCCAUCGAGACGACGACGAGCAGGAUGAUGACCUCACCAAGGACAUGGAGGAUCCGUCACCGGUGCCCGGCAUGGAGGAGGUGGCGCUGCCCAAGAGCGCCAAUCAGAAGAAGGACAAUGAGAACACUCCAGUGAAGGGCGGAACCGUGGCCGAUCUCGAUGAGCAAGAGGAUGGCUCUGUGGCUUCAGGUGGCAAGGACGAUGAAGAGCAAAGCAAGGCUGAGGUGAACCGACUGGUAGACUCUGGAGAGGACAAUGUUACCGAGCAGACCCAUCACAUCAUCAUCCCCAGCUAUGCCGCCUGGUUUGACUACAACUGCAUCCAUGAGAUUGAGCGCAGGGCUCUACCAGAGUUCUUCAACGGCAAGAACAGAUCGAAAACCCCCGAGAUAUACCUGGCCUACCGCAACUUCAUGAUCGACACCUACCGCCUCAACCCCCAGGAGUACCUCACCUCCACUUCCUGCCGACGCAACCUCACCGGAGACGUCUGUGCUGUCAUGAGAGUCCACGCCUUCCUGGAGCAGUGGGGCCUGAUCAACUACCAGGUGGACGCGGAGAGCCGUCCCCUGCCCAUGGGGCCGCCCCCGACCCCCCACUUCAACGUGCUGGCCGACACCCCCUCGGGCCUGGUGCCGCUGCACCACCGCCCCCAACAGCAGGUACAGUCUGCCCAGCAAAUGCUGAACUUCCCGGACAAGCUGAAAGACAAGCCCACCGACAUGCAGAACUUUGGCCUGCGCACAGACAUGUACUCCAAGAAGAACGCCAAGCCAAGCAAAGCUGCUGGCAGAGAGUGGACCGAACAGGAGACCUUGUUGCUGCUUGAGGCGCUGGAGAUGUACAAGGACGACUGGAACAAGGUGUCUGAGCACGUGGGCAGCCGCACGCAGGACGAGUGCAUCCUGCACUUCCUGCGGCUGCCCAUCGAGGACCCGUUCCUGGAGAGCACGGAGGCCACCAUGGGCCCGCUGGCCUACCAGCCCGUGCCCUUCAGCCAGUCGGGCAACCCCGUCAUGAGCACCGUGGCCUUCCUGGCCUCCGUUGUGGACCCCCGCGUGGCGGCCGCCGCAGCCAAGGCAGCGCUGGAGGAGUUCUCUCGUGUGCGUGAGGAGGUGCCGGCGGAGCUGGUGGAGGCGCAUGUGAAGAAGGUGCAGGAGGCGGCUCGCAGCACGGGGAAGGUGGACCCCUCCUUUGGCCUGGAGAGCAGCGGCAUCGCCGGCACCGCCCCCGAGGAGCCCGAGAAGCCAGAGGGCGGUGACUCAGAGAAGAUGGACACGGACUCCUCAGACUCCCAGCAGGACAAGGACAAGGCCGACUCCAAGGAAGACGCAGAGAAGCCCAGCGAGGCGUCUGAGCGGCCCGCUGACGCCGAAAAGGUGAAGAGCGAGGAAGCGGAGGCCGGCGAGCGAAAGGAGGAGAAGGCCGACACAGCGGAGGAGAAGAGCCGAGACAAGGACAAGGAGGAGUCGAUGGAGACGUCGGAGGAGGCCAAGGAGGGGGCCGAGGAGGAGGAGCAGGAGGAGGAGGCGGCGCGCAAGAAGAAGAAGGUGGAUCUGGACAUCGGGGAGGGCAACAUCGCCACGGCAGCUGCUGCAGCACUCGCCUCCGCUGCCACCAAGGCCAAGCACCUGGCGGCGGUAGAGGAGCGUAAGAUCAAGUCCCUGGUGGCGCUGCUGGUGGAGACGCAGAUGAAGAAGCUGGAGAUCAAGCUCAGGCACUUCGAGGAGCUCGAAACCAUCAUGGACCGCGAGAAGGAAGCUCUGGAGCUCCAGCGGCAGCAGCUGUUGACGGAGCGCCAGGCGUUCCACAUGGAGCAGCUGAAGUACGCCGAGAUGAAGGCCCGCCAGCAGAUGGAGCAGCAGGCUGCAGCCGCCGCCGCAGCAGCAGCCGCGGCCCAGAACGCAGCCGGCGGCGCCGGGGGUCACCCAGCGCCACCCCACCAAGCCGGCGGCCCUCCUCCCCACGGCCCCAUGCCCGGUAUGCACCCCGGGCACCCGGGACACCCCGGAGGACCAGGCGGACACCCGGGAGCAACGGGCUUCCCUCCCAUGCACCACUCCAUGGGCCCACACCAUCCAGGGGCCACAGGACCAAUGGUAGGCCCAGGGCAGCCGAUGCCGGGCCGCAUGAUGCCCGGCCCUCCCCCUGGCGGACCCCCCCAAGGCGGCAUGCCCCCCAUGAUGGGGCCUCGACACCCUGGCGCCCCCAACGGCAUGUACCCCGGACCUCCACCUGAUGGGAUGCCGCCAGCCCCCGUUGGACCUCAAGCAACUGUGCCGCCCCGCGUUGGGGACAACUAAUAAUUUCUAAAACACACAUGCGCACACACAUACACACACACACUCGCAUACACACUGUUGUUAUUUUUUAGAGCCUCUUGUUUAGAAAGCAGGAGCUGCCCCCUGUACCCCCUUACCUCCCUCACCGCCCCCCUCCCUCUAACUCUGGCUCACACUGAACCCCGUGGACAGACCCCUGUCACUCUCUCUACUGAACUGCCUUGCUGGUGGGUGGGUCCUCCCUGUUUUGAAGCCGUUUCCCUCUAAACAAAACAUGCACACACACACACACACACAGACACACACACAGACACACACACACACACACACACACACACACACACACACACACACACACACACACACGAUACACACACACACACACACACGAUACACACACACACUCAUGCGCACAUACUCUUCUUACUAGCUCAGGGCUUAUGGACAAGGGUGCCACGUUAGUUGCUUUCUUCCCCUGUCUCUCCAGCUCAGCAAUAGCACUGGUUUAAACCUCCCCCUUAUCCCCCCCAAAACCCACCUUGAUUCCCUUGGCUAUGUCCUUUAUCAAGACUCCAGCUGGUGGAGCGGUGCUCGCCCUUCCCCACUCUACCAAGGGGUGGUGGUGGGGGGCAUGGAGAAGAGCAGAGGUGGGUGCCAUUAGUCUGCCCACUGGUCCCUCACCCUGUAAUGUGACGGUCCGUAUGUGUAUAUUGUGGUGUUCUGCAUAAGCUAAGUUAACACAGGGGGGCAACCAUGGAGGGGGCUUGAAGGACUGAGUGGGUUUGGGAACUGAUCGCAGAGGAGAUUCUUUCCUAAAUUCAAAUGCUAUGAGUGGGUGACGGUUUAUGCAAAAGGCAAAAGAAGGUGAAAAUGUCCGCCUUCAUGCUUGCCUUUGUUUUGUACUUUUUUUUGUCUUUAUUCCUCUCGCUCUCUCUCUCUCUGUUCCUUGAUCUCUAUCUCUGUCGAUCUCCUCCUCUCUCUCUCUCUCUCUCUCCCUCACUCCCUCCAUGUACCCCUGCAAUCCAGAAUUACACUGUAGCUGAGGAGUCCUGUGCCAGGCUAGUGGUGCCCCCUCUGCUCAAGUAUGCCCAUCUCUGCCCUGGCUGAAAGGCCCGGGGUGCACGGCUCAAUGUACCCAUUCAGUGCCCGGUCAAGUAGAGCCGUGUUUGUGUGUGUGUGUGUUAGAGUUACAGAGUUAUAGGUGUGUGCGGUACUGUUACUUACUGUAAAUGGGGAAAUUAAAGUUAUUUCUGUCUGUGACCAAACAUUAGUACAUACAAACACACACAAACACAAACGGGCACCAACAAAGGGACACCUGUUCACACACACACACAGACACACACACUGGCACGCACAGGUUUGCUCCUUCAGCCUCCUCUGCCUCUCUAGGACAUUGCUGUGGCAUGUUCACUGUAGUGGUCUAAAGCGCCUGGCCCUCCUGCAAGUGUGUGUGUCUGUGUGCGUGCACUCGUGUGCGCGUGUUACGCAAACCAGCUGUUUCCUCUAGAUGACCUGCCCAAUUCGUCUCCCUCCACACACACACACACGGCAGAGAUCAAUGCUGAUUUUUAGCUCUAACUUGCCAUGCCAUGACUUCUGAAUCUUCAAGCUGCAAAACCAAGUAUUUUGGUCUCUCUUACUCAUACACGCGCACACACACAACCUUCAUAUAUCCUAUGGACUACACAUGCACUACACACAGACACAACAAUGUCUGUUACUGUCCCAAAGUGAGCAAACAUAUUGACUCACUCUCACACACACACACACACACACACACACACACACACACACACACACACACACACACACACACACACACACACAUUUUACUGCCCUUGGAGAGCUCAGCCAGGUGUCACACUGAAAGGAAGGAGGAUCUUCUGCUUUGUAGUUGCACUGUUAGCCGCUGAGCCCUUAGCCUUAGCGCUCUGCUCUCCCUGUAGCUGCUGCAGACUGACCUAGUAGCCGCCUCUCGCCUCGCUUCUACCUCUCUCACUCUAACUGCUACCUCUCUUGUCCGCUCCUCCCUACUACCUCUCCGUCAGCCCCCUCCUCUGUUUUCUUUCUUUUCUAUCUUCUCCCCCACUCCCUCCCGUGGUCUUAGAUUCUUUAGUUUGUGUUGGUUUUUUUUCUUAUUCUUUCUUCCUCCCGUCCCUCGCUCGCACUUCCGCUAGUUUGUUCUCUCCUCUACCGUGUGCCCACAUGACUGCUGCGAAGAAAUAAAAUUAACUGCUGUGUGGAGGCUGUGAAUGUCCUCCUGUUAUAUGCUCAGGUGUACCAUUUCCCCCCCCUUUACACACACACACACACACACGCACACACACGGUCAACAUACACCCGUACCUGAUGUGUGCUAACAACACGCCUAACCUAUUGACUUGGCUGCACAUGUGUGCAUGAUGCUCACAUGCUCGCAUUCACAGCUCACACAUCUGGCCGCAUUGCCACACACACACAAACGCACACGACUCGCUCACUAAGCUCUCACUUGCAAACACACCUUAACUCGUGCUUUCCAGGCUGUUAAAAACAAAUACACAAGAUGGGAACCAAAAUUCUCCUGGUGUGGUUUUCCCCCUUCUGACCCCAUUUCCCUUACAUAUAUAUCUUUUAUUGCUACUUUUUAUUUUAUGGUAAUGUAUUUUUAAGAAAAUAAAGUUUGUGUAGACUCUGUAA